AUGGGGGGGGGGGGGGGGGGUUGUAAAGGUGGUUUAUAUAGAGAGGAGAAGCCUGCAGUCUCUCAACAUCUAGAUCUCUGCCAGUCCACCACCAUGUACCUGCACCUCCUCAUCCUCCUCCAACUCCUUUCCUCUGCUGGUGAGUUCAUCUAUUCUGUACAUAAUAUAUCUACAAAGAACCAGCUAGUAAAGAAGGUACAGCUGAUUAUUAUCUACAAAGAACCAGGUAGUAAAGAAGGUAUAGCUGAUUAUUCUCUACAAAGAACCAGCUAGUAAAGAAGGUACAGCUGAUUAUUAUCUACAAAGAACCAGCUAGUAAAGAAGGUACAGCUGAUUAUUAUCUACAAAGAACCAGCUAGUAAAGAAGGUAUAGCUGAUUAUUAUCUACAAAGAACCAGCUAGUAAAGAAGGUAUAGCUGAUUAUUCUCUACAAAGAACCAGCUAGUAAAGAAGGUAUAGCUGAUUAUUAUCUACAAAGAACCAGGUAGUAAAGAAGGUAUAGCUGAUUAUUAUCUACAAAGAACCAGCUAGUAAAGAAGGUAUAGCUGAUUAUUCUCUACAAAGAACCAGCUAGUAAAGAAGGUAUAGCUGGUUAUUCAACACGAUGUGCAAUUAUUGCCUUUUUAUUUGGUCCUUAGUUUGCUUAACAAUAUGAGAGAGAACAGAUGAUAAGACAGACUUAUAAGUGAAAUAAUUUCAUAUCAAUUACUGCUUAUUAUCAGCUAUGUGUCCUGACCUACAAGUGUUCCAGUAAACAUCCUUAUUUCUCCUCCUUCCAAGGGGCCUCUGAGAGUGGCAUUGUGGGGGGUAAGGUAGCUAAGCCUCACUCCAGGCCCUAUAUGGUCUCUCUGCAGCACAAAGGAGACCAUGUUUGUGGAGGAAUGCUCAUCCGGAAGGACUUUGUCCUGACUUCAGCACACUGCUUAAGAGAGUGAGUCAACAAUGAAUAUUAAUGCAUUUUGUUGCAUCAUGUUACAUGUCUCUUGAGGGGCAUCUUUGAGUAAUAACUCAAUGUUGACCGACUUGUUGUUUAACGUGACUCUUUGAUUUGUUUCUAGUGCAUUUCCUUUAACGGUGGUCCUUGGCGCUCACAACCUAACCAAAGAAGAGAAGAAGAGUCGGCAAGAGAUUCAAGUGUCACUGUACCAUCGCCACCCCUUACAUCAGAAUAUAACUCAGUACAGUUACGACAUCAUGCUACUGAAGGUAUGUCUCAGACAUAUUUCAUUUCCCUUCUCUUUGUCAAGUGAGUCACUAUUGGGUCUUUGUCAAGUGAAUUUUCUAGAUAUGAGAUUUACAUGGACCUUACCCUCACUCCAUCCACAACUACUACCUGUUUUUAAGUGGUUCAUUAUAAUCUAAUUCAUAGAUUGUUUCUAUUUUACAGUUACAGACCAACGCUGUUCUGAACGAGUAUGUGAAGGUCAUUGGACUCCCCACUAAGGUUAAACAUAUCCCAGCCAGAACCACGUGCUCUGUCGCUGGCUGGGGAAAGACUGAACCAGAUAAAACAUCUCGUGCUGCGAACGUUUUGAUGGAAGUUGAAGUCACGAUGCAGUUCAACUUUGAAUGCCUAAAUAAGUUGAGGGAAUACUUUAUAAGUAGCCAAAUGAUAUGCACUGAUGAUGGACAGAAAGGCUUUUGUCAGGUAAAUAAUGUACAUUUUGAAUCAAAUAAUUUGACAAGUAGUGGUGUUAGUUCUCCAUUUCAUGUUCCAGCAGUACGUACUUACUAAUGUUGUUUUUAUGUGCUUUUCUUGCCAGGGAGAUUCAGGUGGACCUGUUAUUUGCAAGAACAAGAACGUGGCACAGGGUAUUGUUGCUUUUUUUGGUAAUUCACUGAAAUGUGAUGAUCGUAAGUUACCCCGUGUGUACAUGAACAUUUCCUUCUUCAAGUCCUGGAUUGAACAGGUGAUUAAGGGAUAGCUUUUUUAAAAAUAAACGUCAAGCAUGCAUAAGUAGAUAUAUCAUAAAUGCAUAACAUGUUGUGUACGAAUAUACAGCUAACUGCCAAAACAGUGGAAACACUUGAGUAAAUGAGGGAUACAAAUUAAGACACGUUAUGUUGGUGAUUCCUUUAUUUUGGCAGUUACCUGUACAUGUCUGCUUAAUGAUGCACAUUGCAUAUUGUAUGUUUCAUAGAACAGGAAUCAAAGAAAAUGUCUCUAAUCAGAUUUUAUUUUCUUUCAAUUUUAAAACAGUUAUUCAGAUUGGUGAAGCUGUACAGUACUGGCAUGUCCCACAUUCUCUGGUUCUGUUGAUAAAUUACUGUUUUUACUACAAUUAAAUUAACGUUUUUCUAAAGCCAAAUCUCUGUGGAUUUGAACCAGGAUCUCUAGUGGCACAGCUAUACUUCAUUAGUGCCUUAGACCACUGCGCCACUCGGGAGACCAUGACAUGUUGAAUGCACCGAGCUGUCUGUUUGAACUACUUGCAUACAGCUCGGACACCCAUGCAUACCCCACAAUAUACCAGUGGUCUCUUCACAGUCCCCAAGUCCUGAACAGACUAUGGGAGGCGCACAGUACUACAUAGAGCCAUGACUACAUGGAACUCUAUUCCACAUCAAGUAACUCAUGCCAGCAGUAAAAUACAAUUUAAAAAACAGAUACAUAUAAACCUUAUUGAACAGCGGGGACUGUGAAGCAACACAAACAUAGGCACAGACACAUGCAUACAAACACACGACAACAUACGCACUGUUAACACACUUACACGUGGAUUUUGUGUUGUAGAUAUGUGGUAGUGGAGUAGGGGCCUGAGGUCACACACUUAAUAUGUUGUGAAAUCUGCUGUGAAUGUAUUUUAAUGUUUAAAAAUUGUAAACUCCCUUAAUUUUGUUGGAUCCCAGGAAGAGUUGCUGCUGCCUUGGCAGCAGCUAAUGGGAAUGCAUAAUAAAUACAAAUACACUGUCAAUCCAGGGGUAUACUUCAUUAGACUGUAAAUCCAGGGGAAUACUUCAUUAGACUGUAAAUCCAGGCGUAUACUACAUUUGACUGUACAUCCAGGGGAUUACUUCAUCAGACUUUUAAAUCUAGGGGUAGACUUCAUCAGACUAAAUCCAAGGGUAUUCUUCAUUAGACUGUAAAUCCAGGGGUAUAAUUAAUUAGACUGUAAAUAUAGAUGUAUAUUAAAUUAGACAGAAAAUCCAGGGGUAUACGUCAUUAGACUGUAAAUCGACUGGUAUUCUUCAUUAGGCUCUAAAUCCAGGGGUAUAAUUCAUUGGACUGAAAAUCCAGGGGUAUACUGUUGACUUCAUUAGAAUGUAAAUGCAUUGGUACUUCAUUAGACUUCAAAUCCAGGGGUAAACUGUAGACUUCAUUAAACUUUGAAUCCAGGGGUAUAGCUCAUUACACUGUACAUCCAGGAGUAGACUUCAUUAGACUGUAAAUAUAGGGGUAUACAUCAUUAGACUGUAAAUAUAGGGGUAUACAUCAUUAGACUGUAAAUAUAGGGGUAUACAUCAUUAGACUGUAAAUAUAGGGGUAUACAUCAUUAGACUGUAAAUAUAGGGGUAUACAUCAUUAGACUGUAAAUAUAGGGGUAUACAUCAUUAGACUGUAAAUAUAGGGGUAUACAUCAUUAGACUGUAAAUAUAGGGGUAUACAUCAUUAGACUGUAAAUAUAGGGGUAUACAUCAUUAGACUGUAAAUAUAGGGGUAUACAUCAUUAGACUGUAAAUAUAGGGGUAUACAUCAUUAGACUUUAAAUCCAGGGGUAGACGUCAUUAGACUGUAUGUCCGAGGGAAGACUUCAUUACACUUUAAAUCCAGGGUAGACUUCAUUAGACUGUAAAUCCAGGGGUAUACUGUAGACUUCAUUAGGCUGUAAAUCCAGGGGUAUACUUUAUUAGACUUUAAAUCCAGGGGUAAACUGUAGACUUCAUUCAACUUUGAAUCCAGGGGUAUAGCUCAUUACUGUGACACUCUGGCUCCAUGGACUUUGAUUAUUUGAGCCAGGGUUGUUCAUUUUCAUUGUUUGGGUGUAUUUCUAUGUUGGGUAUUUCUAGUUGUUCAUUUCUAUGUUUGGUGAUUGGUCUUGAUUAGUCAUAUGACUCCCAAUCGGAGGUAACGAGUGUCAGCUGUCGGCUCGUUAUCUCUGAUUGGGAGCCAUAUUUAAACUGUGUGGUUUCUCCUUGGUUUGUGGGUUUUUGUUCCAUGUUUCUGUCAGUGUUACAGAGGACUUCACUAUCGUCAUUUGUUGUUUUUCGUGGUUGCUUUAUUAAAUAAAGUCAUCAUGUUCACUCCACGCGCUGCGUAUUGGUCCGCUUCUUCAGACGAUCGUGACAGAAAAACCCACCAUCAAAGGACCAAGCAGCGUGUCAAGCGGCAACAGGACCCAGCUCCAAAGGCUUCCUGGACAUGGGAGGAGAUUUUGGACGGAAAGGGGUCCUGGACUUGGGAGGAGAUCCUGGAUGGGAUGGAUCGCCGUCCAUGGAGCGAAACGGUGGAGAGACGACGGCGAGAGGAGCAACGGCGUCAGCAGGGCCAUCAUCGUUGGAAGGACGAGAGGCAACCCCAAAAAGUUUUUGGGGGGGGGCACAUGGCUUGGACGACGGGGCUAACGGAGGCAGAGAAGGGGCGAAUUCAAGAGGCAACCAGGUUACGGGGGUCACUGGCCAAAGUAGGGAAAGGAGAUGUAGAGGCACGGCGUGAGAGACUGAGGUGUGUAUCCAGUCCGGUCCGGCCCGUUCCAGUUCCCGGGGUAGAGCCAGUGGUGUGUGCCUCCAGUACGGUCCGGCCUGUUACGACCCCUCGCACCAAGGAUACGGUGCGCUUCGCCAGCCCGGCCCGGCCUGUUCCGGCCACUCGCACCAGGGAUACGGUGCGCUUCGCCAGCCCGGCCCGGCCUGUUCCGGCCACUCGCACCAGGGAUACGGUGCGCUUCGCCAGCCCAGCCCGGCCUGUUCCGGCCACUCGCACCAGGGAUACGGUGCGCUUCGCCAGCCCAGCCCGGCCUGUUCCGGCCACUCGCACCAGGGAUACGGUGCGCUUCGCCAGCCCAGCCCGGCCUGUUCCGGCCACUCGCACCAGGGAUACGGUGCGCUUCGCCAGCCCGGCCCGGCCUGUUCCGGCCACUCGCACCAGGGAUACGGUGCGCGUCGCCAGCCCUUUCCCACCAGUGCCUACACCACGCCCCAAGCCUCCUGUGUGUCUCCCGAGUCCUGUGCGUCCUGUUGCUGCUCUCCGCACUAGGCUUAAUGUGAGUCCCCAGGGUCCAGCAUGCCCUGUUCCGGCUCUCCGCACUAGCCCUUAUGUGCGUUCCCAGGGUCCAGCAUGCCCUGUUGCUUCUCCCCGCACUAGCCCUGAGAUGCGUGUCCUCAGCCCGGUACCUCCAGUUCCGGCACCACGCAUCAGGCCUACGGUGCGUCCCCAGGGUCCAGCAUGCCCUGUUGCUUCUCCCCGCACUAGCCCUGAGAUGCGUGUCCUCAGCCCGGUACCUCCAGUUCCGGCACCACGCACCAGGCCUACGAUGCGCCUCAGACGGCCAGAGUCUGCCGUCUGCCCAACGGGGUCUGAACUGUCCGUCUGCCCAACGCCGUCUGAACUGCCCGUCUGCCCAACGGGGCCUGAAACUGUCCGUCUGCCCAACGCCGUCUGAACUGCCCGUCUGCCCAACGCCGUCUGAACUGUCCGUCUGCCAAGCGCCGCAGGAACUGCCCGUCUGUACUGAGCCUGCAAAGCCGCCCGUCUGCCAUGAGCCUUCAGAGCCGUCCGCCAGACCGGAGCCGCUAGAGCUCUCCGCCAGACAGGAGCAGCCAGAGCCUUCCGCCAGACAGGAUCAGCCAGAGCCUUCCGCCAGACAGGAGCAGCCAGAGCCUUCCGCCAGACAGGAUCAGCCAGAGCCUUCCGCCAGACAGGAUCAGCCAGAGCCUUCCGCCAGACAGGAUCAGCCAGAGCCUUCCGCCAGACAGGAUCAGCCAGAGCCUUCCGCCAGACAGGAUCAGCCAGAGCCUUCCGCCAGACAGGAUCAGCCAGAGCCUUCCGCCAGACAGGAUCAGCCAGAGCCGUCCGCCAGACAGGAUCAGCCAGAGCCUUCCGCCAGCCAGGAUCCGCCAGAGCCGUCCAGCCAGGAUCCGCCAGAGCCGUCCAGCCAGGAUCCGCCAGAGCCAGCCAGCCAGGAUCCGCCAUUCAGUCCGGGUGCUGCCCCUUAGUCAGGUACUGUCCCUUAGUCCGGUGCUGCCCCUUAGUCCGGUGCUGCCCCUUAGUCCGGUGCCGCCCCUUAAUCCAGUGGGGUUUAAUUGGGGGGUGGUCAGGUGGAGGGGGCUACGGAAGCGGAUAGUGACUAAAGUGGGGUGGGGACCACGACCUGGGCCAGAGCCGCCACCAUGGACAGACGCCCACCCAGACCCUCCCCUAGACUGUAUGCUGGUGCGCCCGGAGUGCGCACCUUUAGGGGGGGGUACUGUGACACUCUGGCUCCAUGGACUUUGAUUAUUUGAGCCAGGGUUGUUCAUUUUCAUUGUUUGGGUGUAUUUCUAUGUUGGGUAUUUCUAGUUGUUCAUUUCUAUGUUUGGUGAUUGGUCUUGAUUAGUCAUAUGACUCCCAAUCGGAGGUAACGAGUGUCAGCUGUCGGCUCGUUAUCUCUGAUUGGGAGCCAUAUUUAAACUGUGUGGUUUCUCCUUGGUUUGUGGGUUUUUGUUCCAUGUUUCUGUCAGUGUUACAGAGGACUUCACUAUCGUCAUUUGUUGUUUUUCGUGGUUGCUUUAUUAAAUAAAGUCAUCAUGUUCACUCCACGCGCUGCGUAUUGGUCCGCUUCUUCAGACGAUCGUGACAAUUACACUGUAAAUUCAGGGGUAGACUUCAUUAGACUGUAAAUCCAGGUGUAGACUUCAUUAGACUGUAAAUCCAGGGGUAAACUUAAUUAGACUUUAAAUCCAGGGAUAGACUUCAUUAGACUGUAAAUCCAGGGGUAUACAUCAUUAGACUGUAAAUAUAGGGGUAUACAUCAUUAGACUGUAAAUAUAGGGGUAUACAUCAUUAGACUGUAAAUAUAGGGGUAUACAUCAUUAGAAUGUAAAUCGACUGGUAUUCUUCAUUAGACUGUAAAUCCAGGGGUAUACUAUUGACUUCAUUAGACUGCAAUUCCAGGGGUAGACUUCAUUAGACUGCAAAUCCAGGGUAUACUUAAUUAGACUGUAUGUCCGAGGGUAGACUUCAUUAGACUGCAAAUCCAGGGUAGACUUCAUUAGACUGUAAAUCCAGGGGUUUUGUUUUGCUACAGCCUGAAUUCAAAAUUGAUUAGUCUUAUUUGUUGUCCCCCAUCUGCACACAGUACCCCAUAAUGACAAUGACACAGUGAAAACUAUGUUUUUAGAAAUGUUUGCACAUUUAUUGAAAAUGAAAUACAGAAAUAAGUAUUCACACCCCUGAGUCAAUACUUUGUAGAAGCACCUUUGGUGGCCAUUACAGCUGUGCAUCUUUUGUGGUAAGUCUCUAAGACCUUUGCACACCUGGAUUGUGCUAUAUUUGCCAAUUUUGUCUUUAAAGACUUCUUUAAGCUGUGUCAACUUGAUUGUGGAUCAUUGCAAGACAGCCAUUUUCAAGUCUUGCCAUAGAUUUUCAAGCUGAUUUAAGUUAAAACUGUAACUCGGCCACUCAGGAACAUUCAGUGUCAUCUUGGUAAGCAACUCCAAUAUAGAUAGGGUAGUCAUUCAAAAAUCAUGUUAACCACUUUUAUUGAACACAGAAUGAUUCCAUGCAACUCAUUAUGCGAUUUGUUAAGCACAUUUUUACUCCUGAACAUAUUUAGGCUUGCCAUGACAAAGGGGUUGAAUACUCAUUGAUUCAAGACAUAUCAGCUCUACAUUUGUUAUUAAUUUCUCAAAUGUUCUACAAUUCUACAAACAAAAUUCCACUUGGACAUUAUGGGGUAUUGUGAGUAGGCCAGUGACACAAAAUUCAAUCUAUUUUAAAUUCAGGCGCAACACAACCAAAUGACCAUAGAUGACAGUAUGGACUUUUCCCCCUGUGUGUGUGUGUUUGUGUGUGUGUGUGUGUGUGUGUGUAAGUUUGUGUGGGUAAUUGUGUGUGGCGUGUCCUCUUCUGUUCCACUUAAACCUGUCAUACAUGUCUACCUCUCACCUAGUAAGUGAGAAACCACCAACCACCUCUGUGCUUUUCCUGUUGUCGAUCUGUGAACCUACACCUUCUCAGAAAUAGACAGGACCUCAAACCCACAGAGCUCCACAUGGUCUCUGUUGCUAGGCAAUGCGUUCUCUGGAAACCACUUAAUUAAUUUAUUUAUUUAUUGACAUUUGCUGGUCUUGCAUGCUCUUUCUCACCUUCUCUCACCUCUCCUCUCUGUGUCUGUGGGUGUUGGUGUUUUCCUGUCCUGUCCUGUUGUUGGGCCUGCAGUCUGAGGUACCACAACCUCAAACCAACUACAUCCACCGUAUCAAACUGCUGGGCCAGACUGUCACCCUCAGGGUUCUACUGGUAGGCCAGACCUUCACCCUCAGGGUUCUACUGGUAGGCCAGACCGUCACCCUCAGGGUUCUACUGCUGGGCCAGACCGUCACCCUCAGGGUUCUACUGCUGGGCCAGACCGUACCCUCAGGGUUCUACUGCUGGCAGACAUUCACCCUCAGGUUCUACUGGUGGGCCAGACCGUCACCCUCAGGGUUCUAUGCUGGGCCAACAUCACCCUCAGGGUUCUAUGCCGGGCCAGACGGUACUCUGGUACGUAGGCAGACGUCACCCUCAGGGUUCUCUUACCCUGGCUAGUGGGCCAACCGCACCUCAUGGUUUAGCUGGGCCACGUCACCCUCAGAGGGUUCUACUGCUGGGCCAGACCGUCACCCUCAGGGUUCUAUUGGCCAGCCGUCCCCUCGGGUUUCUGUGGCCAGACCUUUACCCUCGGGUAACUCCAGAGUCGACUUCAUGAGACGUAAAAUAUAGGGGUAUACAUCAUGAGACUGUAAAAUAUAGGGUAUAAUCAUUAGACUGUAAUAUGGGGGAUACAUCAAGACUGUUGUAAAUAUAGGGGUAUACAUCAUUAGACUGUAAAUAUAGGGGUAUACAUCAUUAGACUGUAAAGAUAGGGGUAUAACAUCAUUGCCGUAAUAUAGGGGAUAAAGCAUUAGACUGUAAUAAGGGGAUAAUCAUUAGAUGUAAAAUAGGGUAACUCAUUAGACUGUAAAUUGGGGAUAUACAUCAUUCGACGGUAAAUAUAGGGAUACAUCAGUCGACUUUAAAUCCAGGGGUAGACGUAAUAGGCCUGUUUCCGAGGGAAGACUUCAUUACCACUUUAAAUCCAGGGAGAACGUCAUCGACUGUAAAUCCAGGGGUAUACUGUAGUAGACUUCAUAGGCUGUAAAUCCAGGGGUAUACUUUAUUAGAUUUAAUCCCGGGUAAAAUGUAGGACUUCAUCAACUUUGAAUCCAGGGGUAAGCUCAUUACGUGACCAAUCUGGCCCAGGACUUUGAUUAUUGAGCAGGGUGUCAUUUCAGGGUUGGGUGUAUUUCUAUGUUGGGGUAGUUUAGUUGUGUCAUUUCAUGUUGGUGAUUGUCUUGUUAUUAGUCAUAUGACUCCAAUCGGAGGUAACGAAGUGUCAAGUGUCGGAUCGUUAUCUUGAUGGGAGGCCAUAUUUAAAACUGUGUGGUUUCAUUGGUUGUGGUUUUUUGUUCAUGUUUCUGCAGUGUUAAAGAGGACUUCAUAUCGUCAUUUGUUGUUCGUGGUGCUUUAAUAAACUAAAGUCAUAUGUUGACACACGCGCUGCGUAUUGGUCCGCUUCUUCAGACGAUCGUGACAGAAAAAACCCACCAGCAAAGGACAAGCAGGUUGUUCCAAGCGGGGCAACAGGGACCAGCUCCAAAGGCUUCCUGGAACAUGGGAGGAGAUUUUGGACGGAAAGGGGUCCUGGACGUGGGAGGAGAUCCUGGAUGGGAUGGAUCGCGUCAUGGAGCGAAACGGUGAGGACGACGGCGAGAGGAGCAAACGGCCAGUCCAGCAGGGCCAUCAUCGUUGAAGGACGAGAGGCAACCCCAAAAAGUUUUGUGGGGGGGCACAUGGUUGGACGCGGGCGCUAAACGGGGAGGAGAAGAGGGCGAAAAAAAUGUUGUUUUUUUUUUUUCCCAAAAAAAGAGGCAACCAGGUUAACGGGGGUCAACUGGCAAAAGUAGGGAAGGAGAUGUGAGGCACGGCGUGAGAUACUGAGGUGUGUAUACCAGGACGGGCGGCCACCAGUUCCAGUUACCGGGAGUAGAGCCAGUGGUAGUGAAUUGGUGUUCUGGUUUUGUGUGAACUCCAGUACGGUUUCUCAGGAAUGGUUCCUGUUUACGACCCUCUCGCACAAAGGAUACAGGUGCGCUUCGCCAGCCCGGACCGCGCUGUUCGGCCACUCGCACCAGGGGUACGGAUGCGCUUCGCCAGGCCCGGCCCGGCCUGUUCCGGCACUCGACAGGGAACGCAGGCGCUUCGCAAGCCCAGCCCGGCCUGUUCCGGCCACUCGCACCAGGGAUACGGUGCGCUUCGCAGAACAGCCGGCACUGUUCGGCCACUCGCACCAGGGAUACGGUGCGCUCGAUUCGCCAGCCCAGCCCGGCCUGUUCCCGGCCACUGCAACAGGGAUACGGUGCGCUUCGCCGCCCGCGCUCCGGCCUGUUUCCGGCCACUCGCAACAGGGAUACGCGUGGCGCGUCGCCAGCCCUUUCCACCAGUGCCGACACCACGCCACCAAAGCCGUCUGUGCGUUCUCCGAGUCCUGGCGCCCUGUUGCUGCUCUCCGCCAAUAGGCUUAAUGUGAGUCCCAGGGUCAGCAGGCCCUGUUCCGGCUCUCCGCACUAGCCCUUCUGUGCGUUCCCAGGGGUCCAGAUGCCCGUGCUCUCCCCGCAUAGCCAUGAGAUGCGGGUCCUCAGCCGGUACCUCAGUUCCGGCACCACGCAUGGCCAUACGGUGCGUCACAAGAUGGUCAGCCAUGCCCUGUGCUUCUCCCCGCAAUAGCCCGAGAUGCGUGUCCUCAGACCGGUACUCGUUCCGGCACCACGCACAAGGCUACGAUGCGCCUCAGGACGGCCAGAGUCUGCGUCUGCCCAACGGGUCUGAACUGGUCCGUCCCAGCCGUCGGAACGGCCGUAGGCCCAACGGGGCCUGAAUUUACGUCUGCCCCAACGCCGCUGAAACUGCCGUCUUGCCCCCAAACGCAGUCUGAACUGUCGGCCAAGGACGCAGAGGAACUGCCCCGUCUGUACUGAGCCUGCAAGCCGCCCGUCUGCCAUGAGCCUUCAGAGCCGUCCGCCAGACCGGAGCCGCUAGAGACCUAGAGCUCUCCGCCAGACAGGAGCCGCCAGAGCAUUCCGCCAGACAGGAUCAGCAGAGCAUUCCGCCAGACAGGAAGCAGCAGAGCCUUCCGCCAGACAGGAUCAGCCAGCGCCUUCCGCCAUGAAGAUCAGCCAGCGCCUUCCGCCAGACAGGGAUCAGCAGAGGACUUCCGCCAGACAGGACCAGCCAGAGCCUUCGCCAGACAGAAUCAGCCAGAAGCUUCCGCCAGACAGGAUCAGCCAGAGCUUCCGCCAGACAGGAUCAGCCAGGAGCCGUCCGCCACUGACAGGCGACAGCGAGCCUUCCGCCAGCCCAGGAUCCGCAGAGCCGUCAGACCAGGAUCCGCCAGAAGCCAGUACAGCCAGGAUCCGCCAGGAGCCCGACCAGCAAGGAUCCGCCAUUCAAGUACUGGUGAUCGCCCCUUAGUCAGGUACUGUCCCUUAGUCGGUGCUGCCACUUGUCCGGUGCUGCCCCUUAGUCGUGCCGCCUUAAUCCAGGGGGUUUUUAAUUGGGGGGUGGAAGGUGGAUGGGGGUAGAAGCGGAUAGUGACUAAAAGGGGUGGGACCACGACCUGGGCCGGCGACGCCACCAUGGACAGACGCCCCCCAGACCCUCCCCUAGACUGUAUGCUGGUGCGCCGGAGUGCGCACCUUUAGGGGGGGGGUACUGUGACACUCUGGCUCCAUGGACUUUGAUAUUGAGCCUAGGGUGUCAUUUUUUUUCAUGUCUUGGGUGUAUUUCUAGUUGAGGUAUUUCUAGUUGCUUCAUUUCUAUGUUUGGUGAUUGGUUCUUGAUAGUCAUAUGACGCCCAACGGAGGUAACGAGUUGUCAGCUGAUCGGACUACAGUUAUCUAUCUGAUGGGAGCCAUAUUAAACUGUGUGGUGUUCUCAUGGGUUUGUGGGUUUUUGUUCCAAGUUAUGUCAGUGUUACAGAGGACUUCACUAUAGUCAUUUGUUGUUUUCGUGGUUGCUUUAUUAAAUAAAGUCAUCAUGUUCACUCCCGCGUGGUAAUGGUACGUCUUCAGACGAUAGUGACAAUUACACGUAAAUUCAGGGUAGACUUCAUGUAGACUGUAAUCCGUUGUAACUUCUUCGGACUGAAAUCCAGGGGAAACUUAAUUAGAUUUAAAUCAAGGGAUAGACUCAUUAGACUGUAAAAUCCAGGGGUCUACAUCAUUUUAGACUGUAAAUAUAGGGGUAUACAUCAUAGGAAUGUAAAUAUAGGGGUAUUACAUCAUUAGCGUAAAUAUAGGGGUGUAUCCAUCAUUAGAAUGUACAUCGACUGGUAUCUUCAUUCGACUUACAUCAGGGGGGUUAGUACUAUUGACUCAUUAGGACUGCACCAAGGGUAGACUUCAUUAGACUGCAAAUCCAGGGGAUACUUAAUUAGACUGUAUGUCGAGGGUAGAUUCAUUAGACUGCAAAUCCAGGGGAGACUCAUUAGACUGUAAACCAGGGGGUUUGUGUUUUGCUGUUAAAGCCUGAAUUCAAAAUUGAUUAGUCUUAUUUGUUGUCCCCAUUGCACACUUACCCAUAAGGACAAUGACACAGUGAAAACUAUGUUUUAGAAAUGUUGCAACAUUUAUUGAAAAUGAAAUACAGAAAUAAGUAUUCCACCCCUGAGUCAAACUUUGUAAGACGCACUUGGUGGCCAUUACAGCUGUCAUUCUUUGGUGGUAAGUCUUCUCAGACUUUGCACACCUGGAUGUGCUAUUAUUGGCCAAUUUUGUCUUAAAGAAUCUUAAGCUGUGUCAACUUGAUUGUGGAUCAUUGCAAGACAGCCAUUUUCAAGUCUUGCCUAGAUUUCAAGCUGAUUUAAGUUAAAACUGUAAACUCGGGCCCACUCAGGAACAUUCCAGUGUCAUAUUGGUAAGCAAACUCCAAUAUAGAUCGUGGUAGUAUUCAAAAUAUGUUAACACUUUAUGAACCAGAUGAUCAAUGCCAAAUCAUUAUGCGAUUUGUUUGUAAGCCCAACAUUUUUAGCCUGACAAUUUAGGCUGGAAUGACAAAGGGUUUGAAUAUCAUGAUUCAAGACAUAUCGCGCUACAUUUGUCUUAAUUUUCACAGGUGCUACAAUUCGAACAAACAAAAUUCCACUUGGACAUUAUGGGUUUAGGUUAUGGGGAGUAGGCCAGUGACACAAAUUCAAUCUAUUUUAAAUUCAGGCGCAACACAACCCAAAUGACCAUAGAUGACAGUAUGGACUUUCCCCCUGUGUGUGUUGUUUGUGUGGUGGUGUGUGUGUGUGUAAGUUGUGUGGUAAUUGUGUGUGGCGGCCGUGUCCUCUCUGUUCCACUUAAACCUGUCAUAAACAUGUUCAACCUCUCACCUAGGUAAGUGAGAAACCACCAACACCUCUGGCUUUCCUGUGUCGAUCGUGAACCUACCCUCUCAUGGAAAUGACAGGACCUCAAACCCACAGACUCCACAUGGUAUCUGUUGCUAGGCAAGCGUCUCUGGAAACCACUUAAUUAAUUUAUUAUUUAUGACAUUGCUGGUCUGCAUGCUCUCUUCCCCACCUUCUCUCACCUCGCCUCUCGGUGUCUGUGGGUUUGUGUGUUUUUCAUUGUCCUGUCCUGUUGUUGCCUGCAGUCUGAGGUACCACAACAUUCACAACCAACUAACAUCCACCGUAUAACUGCUGGCCAGACUGUCACCACAGGGUUUACUGGUAGGCCAGACUCACCCUCAGGGUUACUUGUAGGCCAGACCGUCACCCCGGGUUUAUGCUGGGCCAGACCGUCACCCUCAGGGUUCUACUGCUGGCCAGACCGUCACCGCGGGUUCUAGGCUGGGCCAGACAUUCCCCUCAGGGUUCUACUGGUGGGCCAGACCGUUCACCCUCAGGGUUCUACUGCUGGGCCAGACAUUCACCUCAGGGUGCUACUGCGGGCCAGACGGUCACCCUCCGGUUCUACGGUAGGCCAGACCGUCACCCUCAGGGUUCUACGGACUGGGCCAGACCGUCAUCCCCUCAUGGUUCUAAUGCUGGGCCAGGACAGACCGUCACCCUCGAUGGUUUCUACUGCCUGGGACAGACCGUCACCCUCAGGUUCUAAUGAUGCGCGACAGACCUUCCUCAAAAUCAGGGUUCUACUGCUGGCCCAGACCGUCACCUCAGGGUUCGAUGGUGGGCCAGACCGUCACCCUCAGGGUUCUACUGCGGGCCAGACCUUCACCUCAGGGGUCUAAUGCUGGGGCCAGACGUCCCCUCAGGGUUCUACUGGGGCCAGACCGUAACCCUCAGGGUUCUACUGGGUGGGCCAGACCAGUCACCAUCAGGGUUCUACUGGUGGGCCAGACCGUCCCCCUCAGGUCUAAUGAUGGGCCAGGACCUUCACCUCAGGGAUCUAUGGUGGGCCAGCUUCACCCUCAGGGUUCUAUCGGG